CAAUCAGAAAUCAGAAUCGCGCGACGUCACACAGUCGAUGGAAACCAACAUGGCGGCCUACAGUACAGGAAGCGUUUAAAUGGGAGAAGUCAAGAAUAACGAAGGACUUCUGUAAUUAUGCUGGGUUUAUCCAUAAAAGAGGUGUCUGCAGCUCUGAGGGAAGGAAAGCUCUCGGCUACGGAGCUGUGCAGAAAAUGUCUGCAGCGCAUCAAGAAGACACGCCACCUCAACGCCUACAUCACUGUUACAGAGGAACUGGCAAUGAAACAGGCACAGGAAGCGGACGACAGGCUGCUCAGAGGUAAAUCUCUUGGCCCACUGGAUGGGAUUCCUUUCUCCGUAAAAGACAACUUCUGCACAGAGAACGUAGCGACGACGUGCGCCUCUCGCAUGCUACGCGGUUAUCGUCCUCCGUUUAACGCUACAGUGGUCCAGAAGUUACUGGAUCAGGGGGCUGUGCUCGUUGGGAAGACCAACUUGGACGAGUUCGCUAUGGGAUCGGGCAGCACUGAUGGAGCGUUCGGUCCUGUGAGAAACCCCUGGAGUUACGCUGCUCCGUACCGGACGCUCGGCCACGGAACAGAUCCGGAGUCUGAUUGGGUGAUUGCAGGCGGGAGUUCAGGAGGAAGUGCAGCUGCCGUGGCGUCUCUGAGCAGCUUCCUUGCACUGGGCUCCGAUACGGGCGGUUCCACUCGUAACCCCGGCUCCCUGUGUGGCGUCGUGGCUCUGAAGCCCAGCUACGGUCUGCUGUCUCGUCACGGCCUCAUCCCCCUCGUCAACUCCAUGGACGUCCCGGGCAUCAUGAGCAGAAGCGUCCACGACGCCGCCAUCACACUCGGAGUUCUUCAGGGUCAGGAUGAAAAAGACUCGACUACAGUCCAGGCUCCUCACUCUCCCACUGCUCUCCCUCAGGAGUUCGACGUCAGGGAUCUCUGCGUGGGCGUCCCAAAGGAGUACCACGCUCCGGGUCUGUCGGCCGAGACGCUGUCUCAGUGGACCCGUGUGGCGGCCAUGUUUGAGGGAGCUGGAGCGCGGGUGCGUGAGGUGUCGCUCCCUCACACUCAGUACUCCAUCGUGUGCUACCACGUGCUCUGCUGCUGCGAGGUGGCGUCCAACAUGGCGCGCUUCGACGGCCUGCAGUACGGUCACCGCAGUGCAGUGGAGAGCUCGACCGAAGCGCUGUACGCCUCCACACGGCACGAGGGCUUCAACGACGUCGUGCGGCGUAGGGUCCUCUCGGGAAACUACUUCCUGUUGAAACAGAACUACGAGCGCUACUUCGUGAAGGCCCAGCAGAUCAGACGUCUGAUCACGGAGGAUUUCCGGCGCGUGUUCUCCUCGGGCGUGGACGUCCUCCUCACGCCCACCACGCUGAGCGACGCGGCGACCUACUCCGACUUCAUCCAGGAAGACAAUCGCACACGCAGCGCUCAGGACGACAUCUUCACCCAGCCGGUCAACUUAGCAGGUCUCCCCGCCGUCACCGUCCCGGCGUGCCUCUCCGGCCGAGGACUUCCCGUCAGCCUGCAGCUGAUUGGCCGGCGCCUCCAGGACAGGAAGUUGCUAGCGGUGGCUCACUGGCUGGAGCGGCAGCUGGAUUUCCCUCUCAUCAGAUUUCACGAAGAAGACGACGCACAGGAGACGAAAUCGGAGCGGAACAGAGCGCGAGAACGCACGUCAGGGUCGUGAACGAUGACGUCAUCUCGUACGGCUUAUUUUUUUUGUUUGUUUUGUUUGUUUUCUUUCGACGUCCAGGGGCGGGUCAAAGCGUUCCACGGGUUUUUCUCUUCGCGAUUGUGAGAAUGUAGAGAUGUUUAACACACGAACUUAAAGCCACUUUGUCUUAAAUGGUCCCCAAGCAAAUGUUGUUGUAUUCUGGAUUCUGAUUGGUCAGAAGGAGUUGACUGCUCGUUCACAAGGACCUGUACGCCUGGACUCUCCACAUCUAAGGCUAAUGAUAACCAAAAAAAAAUGUGUUUAACAACAAAAACACAACAUUAAAGGCGACUUUAGAC